GAACAACUCCAUUACCAAACACUACCACCAGCAUGUCCUUCUCCAACUUCAUCUCCUCCGCCAUCCAGCAAGGCCUCUCCGGCGGCUCCUCCGGCGGUAACUCCAACUACGACCCCGAGUUCUCCUCCGCUCACGCCCACGCCCAGUCCCACCACUCCUCCUACAACCAGGGCGAAGACUCCUACCCCUCCCAGGGCGGUGGCGGUGGCGGCAGCAGCAGCGGCGGCAGCGACCUUUUCUCCACGGCCCUGGGCUUCCUCUCGUCCCGCAAGUCGCAGUACGAGGAACAGCCCGACGUCGACGAGGAACACAUGGUGCGGUCGCACCAGGCGUUGUACAACAACCAGGAUGAGGGCCAGCAGCACGACUCGCAGUCCCUGGGCGCGGGCGCCGCCAUGCAGGCACUGAAGAUGUUCACGAGUGGGUCGGGCGGUAGCUCCGGGGAUAAGAAUGAGUUCAUUGGCAUGGCUAUGGCUCAGGCGUCGAAGCUGUGGGACCAGAAGGCUGGGUCGGGGUCUGUGUCUGGCGAUAAGCAAUCGGCUAUCAACUCGGCGGCUGAGAUGGCCUUCAAGAUGUAUAUGAAGUCGCAGGGCAGUGGAUCUAGCGGAACGGGUGGCCCGGCUGGUCUGUUGAAUCUGGCGAGCAAGUUCCUGUAAAUGAUAUCCCUGGUUGUGGUGGUGUGUGUGUGUGCGGGCAUAGGUGGAUUUAGCUGGUUUCUUGUACUUAUUGAUCAUGACCUUGUUUUGUAGUAUGGUUACGUAGGCAAAACUGCAAAGCUAUACAUGUCUAUUUUGAUCUACCGGGUAUGCGCUCUAGCUGGUCUCAUCGUU